AUGGAAGUCAAAGAAAAUGGGGAUGUGGAGGAGAAGGCAGCAGAAGUAGAAGCUGAGAAAGAAGCAGAAGCAAAAACAGAAAAGCGUAGAAAGCAAAAGACAGGAAAAAAGAAGGAAGCUGAAUUGAAAACGAAGGAGGAAGCCGCAUUGAAAGUGAAAGAAAGGGAAAAUCUAAAGAGAGAAGAGCGGAGGAAGCAUAGAGAGGCUGUUUUGAAAGAAGCAGAAGAGAAGAGAAAGAGGGAAGCUGAAGAGAAAGCUAAGAAAGAAGCUGAAGAGAAAGCUAAGAGAGAAGCAGAAGAGAAGAAAAAGAAAGAAGCAGAAGAGAAAGCUAAGAAAGAAGCAGAAUUGAGAGCCAAGAAAGAAGCUGAAGAGAAAGCCAAGAAAGAAGCUGAAGAGAAAGCUAAGAGAGAAGCAGAAGAGAAGAGAAAGAAAGAAGCAGAAGAGAAGAGAAAGAAAGAAGCUGAAGAGAAAGCUAAAAGAGAAGCUGAAGAGAAGAGAAAGAAAGAAGCUGAAGAGAAAGCUAAAAGAGAAGCUGAAGAGAAGAGAAAGAAAGAAGCAGAAGAGAAGAAAAAGAAAGAAGCAGAAGAGAAAGCUAAGAGAGAAGCAGAAGAGAAGAGAAAGAAAGAAGCAGAAGAGAAAGCUGAAGAGAAAGCUAAGAAAGAAGCUGAAGAGAAAGCUAAGAGAGAAGCAGAAGAGAAGAAAAAGAAAGAAGCUGAAGAGAAAGCUAAGAAAGAAGCAGAAUUGAGAGCCAAGAAAGAAGCAGAAGAGAAAGCCAAGAAAGAAGCUGAAGAGAAAGCUAAGAGAGAAGCAGAAGAGAAGAGAAAGAAAGAAGCAGAAGAGAAGAGAAAGAAAGAAGCAGAAGAGAAGAGAAAGAAAGAAGCUGAAGAGAAAGCUAAAAGAGAAGCAGAAGAGAAGAGAAAGAAAGAAGCAGAAGAGAAAGCUAAGAAAGAAGCAGAAUUGAGAGCCAAGAAAGAAGCAGAAGAGAAGAGAAAGAAAGAAGCAGAAGAGAAGAAAAAGAAAGAAGCUGAAGAGAAGAAAAAGAAAGAAGCUGAAGAGAAAGCUAAAAGAGAAGCUGAAGAGAAGAGAAAGAAAGAAGCUGAAGAGAAGAAAAAGAAAGAAGCUGAAGAGAAGAAAAAGAGAGAAGCAGAAGAGAAAGCUAAAAGAGAGGCAGAAUUACAAGCAAAGAAAGAAGCAGAAGAGAAGAGAAAGAAAGAAGCAGAAGAGAAGAAAAAGAAAGAAGCUGAAGAGAAGAAAAAGAGAGAAGCAGAAUUGCAAGCUAAGAAAAAAGCUGAAUUGAGAGCCAAGAAAGAAGCUGAAGAGAAAGCUAAGAGAGAAGCAGAAGAGAAGAGAAAGAAAGAAGUUGAAGAGAAGAAAAAGAAAGAAGCAGAAUUGAGAGCAAAGAAAGAAGCAGAAUUACAAGCAAAGAAAGAAGCAGAAUUGCAAGCUAAAAGAGAGGCAGAAUUACAAGCAAAGAAAGAAGCUGAAGAGAAAGCUAAGAAAGAAGCAGAAGAGAAGAAAAAGAAAGAAGCAGAAGAGAAGAGAAAGAAAGAAGUUGAAGAGAAAGCUAAAAGAGAAGCAGAAGAGAAAGCAAAGAAAGAAACUGUAUUGAGAGCAAAGAAAGAAGCUGAAGAAAAAGCAGAAAAUAAAACAUCGAGUAAUAAUUCUACCUCGCAGUCUAUAGCAAAUUCUUCAGUCAUUUCUCCUUCUACCUGUCAGCCUCAUCGUCAUUUUAUAUCUACAGCCCUUGCUAAAGGAACUCACUUCUUAAAAAGUAUGGUUUCCAACCUUCCAUUGCCCUCUUUACCCCACAGAAAAAGAGACGCUCCCUCUGAAUCGAAUGAUACUCGACAAACGAAAAAGCAACGAAUUUCUGAUAUUUCGAAAGAUUCUAUUGCCAAAAAGACGUUAUCAUUUGAGACCAACUCUCGCAUUAUUUCUACUGCUGCAUUUGCUGUGGUCACAUGGUUAGCUGCUAAAUAG